AGCUCGAGAUAAAAUGUUGUAAUAUUCGAAUACAAUGCGUCAGUGAACCGCAAUUUUUCUUCGAUUUAUCAUUAACUAGGGAUAAUUAUGGCCAAGGAUUCAAAGUAAGUAUUCAAGGAAAUAAUUUUUGUUUGAUUUAUAUAAGUUUCAUUGCUAAAAACUUACUAUGAACAUAGAUCUUCGAGGAAACGUUCACGGUCUCGUUCUCACUCUCAUAGUCCUAAGCGUUCAAGACGCUCAAGAAGUCGCUCAAGAAAUAGGAGACGUAAAGAUGAUGCUUCAUCACCUGAUCGAAGACGUAGGAGAUCAAAAUCACGAGAGAGACGAGGCAGACGAAGAUCACGUAGUCCGAGACGCCGGAGACGAUCCCAUAGUCGAUCCCGAAGUCGUGAAAACCGAGAAAGUCGCGAAAAUCGACUAUAGUCCCGAAAAAACAUCUCCACCUCCUGUAAAAUCUUCAAAUUGGGACAUCGGGGGUCCCGAAGAACGUAAGAAGAAGGAAAGUCUAGCAAAAGGUAGUGAAGGAGCCACUGUUAUUAAAGAAGCCAUUACUGAGGGUCAAGUUGACAAAGAUGAAGAGCAAAAGCGUUUAGAAGAAGAAAUGAAAAAAAGGCGGGAAAGAAUAGAGAGAUGGAGAGCUGAACGUAAAAAGAAGCCAGAUGUUCCUGAAGUACUACAAACUGCAAAAAAAUGGACCCUAGAAGAUGACGAUGAUGAUGACGAGGAGGGUAAUGGAGAGAAGAAAGAAGAGGAAAAGAAGGAAAAUGGUGAAGAAACUCUGGAGGUAAAAAAAGACGAGCCACCUCAGAAAGAGGCGGAAGAGGAAGAAGAAGAAGAAGAAGACCCAUUGGAACUUUAUAUGCAAUCAGUUCAGAAUGAAGUGAAAAUGAUUGAAAAGCAAGAUCUAAAAAAUUCUAAAGUAACGGUUAUCAAAGCAGUAGCACGACCCAAGAAGAAACGAGGGGAGUUGAUGGAGAGUAACGCUGACAUGAUGGAAUACUCCUCGGAAGAAGAUGAGGAGGAUUUAAAUGAUGCAAUGGCCGGUUUAAGGAAUAAAAAGAAGGAACUGGUAAUGGUUGAUCAUAGUAAAAUCUAUUAUAGGCCCUUCCGUAAAGACUUUUAUGUUGAGGUACCUGAACUGCAGAGAAUGACCAGUGAAGAAGUUGAGCAAUAUAGGCAACAACUGGAAGGUAUAAAAAUCAGAGGUAAGCAUUGUCCUAAACCAAUUAAAAAUUGGGCUCAAGCUGGCGUAUCAAAGAGAGUCAUGGAAAGCUUGAAAAAGAAUAGCUUUGAUAAACCAACUCCAAUUCAAUCACAAGCUAUUCCGGCUGUUAUGAGCGGUAGAGAUCUAAUAGGAAUUGCUAAAACUGGUAGUGGUAAAACACUAGCUUUUAUUAUUCCAAUGUUUCGUCAUAUUCUUGAUCAAGAGCCUCUUGAUGACGAGGACGGGCCAAUUGCAAUAGUACUCACUCCUACUCGAGAAUUAGCUAUGCAGAUUGUCAAAGAAUGCAAGAAAUUUACAAAAAAUCUUAACUUGAGAGCUGUUGCAGUUUAUGGUGGAACUGGUAUUUCCGAACAAAUUGCAGAAUUGAAAAAAAAGUGCGAAAUAGUAGUUUGUACACCUGGUAGAAUGAUUGAUAUGUUAGCUGCCAAUGGUGGUAGGGUAACAAACUUAAGGAGAAUUACUUAUGUUGUUCUAGACGAAGCCGACAGAAUGUUUGAUAUGGGUUUUGAACCUCAAGUUAUGCGUAUAAUAGACAAUGUCAGACCCGAUAGGCAAACUGUUAUGUUCUCAGCCACAUUUCCCCGCCAAAUGGAAGCUCUGGCCAGGAGAAUAUUAAAUAAACCAUUGGAAAUCCAGGUGGGAGGAAGAAGUGUAGUUUGUGCAGAAGUCACACAGCAUGUGUUGGUUCUGGAAGAAGACACAAAAUUUCUCAAGCUGUUGGAAUUGUUAGGAAUUUAUCAAGAGGAAGGUUCAGUUCUUGUUUUUGUUGAUAAACAAGAAAAUGCUGAUGACUUGAUGAAAGUAUUAUUGAAACAUUCCUAUCCCUGCAUGUCCUUACAUGGAGGUAUAGAUCAAUAUGAUCGAGACUCUAUCAUUGUUGACUUCAAGAAUGGAUCUAUCAGACUAUUAGUUGCUACCUCUGUAGCGGCUAGGGGAUUGGACGUGAAGCAAUUAAAUUUGGUAGUGAACUACGACGCACCGAACCAUUAUGAAGAUUACGUUCACAGAUGUGGCAGGACCGGUAGGGCGGGAAAUAAAGGUUUCGCAUAUACUUUUAUAACUAGGGAUCAAGCGAGACACGCAGGAGAUAUAAUUAAGGCUUUAGAACUCUCAAGUAGCAAAGUUCCAGAUGAUCUGAGGGAAUUAUGGGACGACUAUAAAAGAGAACAGGAAGCCCAAGGGCGAACCGUAAAAUCUAAGUCCGGUUUUGGCGGGAAAGGAUUUAAAUUUGACGAGUCUGAAGCGCAAGCUGUUGAAGAGAAGAAAAAAUUGCAAAAGAAAGCCUUGGGCUUGCAAGACUCAGAUGAUGAAGACGUUAGUGAAGAUAUUGAGCAGCAGAUUGAAGACAUGUUUCAAUCGAAAAGACGAGUUACUGAUGUCAGCACACCCGCUGUUACUACUGCUCCUGCAGCAACUCCCACUCCUCAAACUACAACUCAAAAGACUGCUAAUAUAGACAAGUUGCAAUUAGCGAAAGAAUUGGCUAAUAAAAUCAAUGCGCAAAAGAAACCAGCAGAAGCCGGAGACCUCUCCCAGCAAAAAGCAACGGCUGCUUUCCUGAAAGAUGGUGUUAUUCAACCUAUCUUAUCAUCAAAGACAUAUGCGGAGAGAAUAGCUGCUAAUUUGAAUGCUAAACUAGGCUAUUCACCUUCCGAGGGUGCGGCAAUAAGAGCAAUGGCCGACGAUGAGAAGGAUGGAGCAUUCAAAAAGUAUGAAGAAGAACUGGAAAUAAAUGACUUUCCCCAAUCGGCCAGAUGGAAAGUUACAUCUAAGGAAGCUCUCGCUCAAAUUAUGGAAUAUAGCGAUGCCGGCAUAACGGUUAGAGGAACUUAUGUUCCAACAGGGAAAAAUCCUCCAGAAGAUGAAAGAAAGCUAUACUUAGCAAUAGAAGCCACAACAGAGUUGGCGAUUCAAAAAGCUAGAAAAGAGGUUACUCGUUUAAUAAAGGAAGAACUUCUAAGGUUAUCUACAUCAUCUGGUCAGACUAUAAAUAAAGGAAGAUACAAAGUUCUUUAG